AGGCUUGACGAUAACGGCGCGUGGCGGCGCAGUGAAAAUAAUAAUUGAAAAAAAGUUUCACGUCUUUAUUUGCAUGAUUUUUGAGGCAGUUAUAUGCUGUUUAAGCUUAGUUGGUGUUUCAAACAUAUUCUAAUCGAUUUAUAAUAUUUAUAACAUUCUUACUAAGCAAACUGCUGAGCUUUAAAUCGCUUAUAUGAUGCUUGCUUGAACCAAGGUCAAGUUGACUGGUUUGAGCGAUGUUCGCGCGGCGGCUGGGCCUGCUGUCGGCCGCGCUGCCCCGGCGGCGCUGUCUGCACACGGCCUGCUCCCAGGCGCCGCUGGCCGGUGUCACCGUGGUGGACCUGACGCGCGUGCUGGCCGGCCCGUUCUGCACCAUGCUGCUGGCCGACCUGGGCGCUGACGUCAUCAAGGUGGAGCUGCCCGGCCGCGGAGACGACACGCGCACCUGGGGACCGCCGUUCGUCGGCGACCAGAGCUGCUACUUCGUCUCCGUCAACCGCAGCAAGCGCAGCGUGGCCGUCAACCUGCGUACCGCAGAGGGCCAGAACAUCGUCCGCCAGCUGGCCAAAAAGGCGGACGUCUUUGUCGAGAACUUCCUGCCGGGGAAGAUGAAGGAGUUGGGGCUCGAUUAUCCCCGGCUGCGCGCGUUGAAUGACACGCUGGUGUACUGUUCCAUCUCGGGUUACGGCGAGGACGGUCCUUACGUCUCGCGGCCCGGCUACGACGUGAUCGCUGCCUCGCUGGGAGGUCUACUGCACAUCACCGGUGCCGAGGGCGGCGAGCCGAGCAAGGUGGGCGUGGCGAUGACCGAUCUGGCCACCGGCCUGUACGCCCACGGCGCCAUCAUGGCCGCGCUCCUGCAGCGCUACAAGGACGGCGAGGGCCAGCACGUGCGCUGCGACCUGCUCUCCUCGCAGGUGUCCUGUCUGGUCAACGUGGCCUCCAACUACCUGAACGGCGGCCAGGAGGCGCGUCGGCUCGGCACCGCCCACGAGAGCAUCGUUCCCUACCAGAUGUUCCAUACGCGCGACGGCCGCAUCACCCUGGGCGCCGGCAACGACGCCCAAUUCGCCGACCUCUGUGUGCGCCUGUCGCUGCCGCGCCUCCUCGAGGACGAGCGGUUCGCCACGAACGCGCUGCGUGUGCAGCACCGCGCCGAGCUGGUGCCAGUGCUGGAGGCGCGCCUCUCGGAGAGCACCACGGCAGAGUGGCUGGAGGCGCUGGAGGGCGCCGGCUUCCCCUACGGCCCGGUCAACAACAUGGAACAGGUGUUCAGCGACCCGCAGGUGCUGCACAACGGUCUGGUGGAGGAGGUGGAACACCCGACGGCCGGCCGACUGCGGCUGGUCGGCCCGGCCGUCCGCUACAGUAAAUCAGAGAACAAGGUGCGUUCCGCGCCGCCGCUGCUCGGCGAGCACACGGAUGACGUACUGCGACAGUUCAUGUCCCUCGACGACCGGCGGCUGGACGAGCUGCGCCAGCGGGGCGUCAUCCAGUGACGAGCUGCGUCAGCGCGGCGUCAUCCAGUGACGACGGUGUCUAGUGAAGUUCAGUGGCCAUGUCUUCCCCACGCCGAAGCCCGAGGGCCUCCAGCGGGAACCGACUGGCCUCCAAACGACAGAGGGUGGACGAGCUUCAGAAGCUCAUCGCUGCUGAACAAGUCGCUGUCCAGGGCGCCAGCAGCAAGACCAGGGAGCUCAAUGACGCCCGACGGAUCCUGGAGGCGGCCAACCAGUACUCGCGUCUGACGACCGUACUGGACGCGGUCACCGGUCUACCAGACGGGCAAGGCGAACAGCUGCUGACCGACCACGCCGACGCCGACCGGUCGCGCAAGAGUCGUCUGACGCAGCUGGAGGCCGAGCUGUCGGCGGCGCUGGAGCGUCAGCACCGGCUGCGGGCCCGGCUGGACCAGCUGCGCGCGCGGCUGCCGCCGGCCGACCAGGCGCGCCAGCAGCUGCGCCGCGCUCAGAACGACACGGCCGUUCAGAGAGACUACACGGAGCUGCUGCAGAGCUACGGCGACAUCACCAACCUGUACAACAUGCUGGAGAAGCUGAUGGUGGUCUCCGACUACCCGUGGCUGGAGAGUGACGACUGGAUGCAGCGGAUCCGACCCGCGUACCACGCGCUGGCGCCGCCCUCACACGUGCUGCGCAAUGACCUGGCCACCGACUCCGAGAGCAGUGCGGGCGGCGGCGGCGGCAGCGACGGCUCGUCGCCGCCCUGAGACACCGACGCGGGAGUCUGGGAGGACAGAGGGGAUCCUGAGCGGGAGGACAGAGGGGGUUCCGAGCGGGAGGACAGAGGGGGUUCCGAGCGGGAGGACAGAGGGGGUCUGGGCAGAGUGACAGAGGGCUGUUUGACGAAGUGACCAAUGACAGCCCUCUCGCGGUAUUGAGGAGCUGUCAGUCCGAUAGGCAGGGGGCGCUGCGGUGCUAACAGCGAGACCGAGAGGCGAAUGAAGUGAAGACGUCGCCGCCUGAUGGAUGGACUUUGACAUUAUCAUCGGUAAUGUGGAGGUGAUUGUAGUUUUAUUUUUGUGACUUGAAUAUAUGUGCCACUC